UCUGGGAUUCCUUUAUGAGGUGCAACCAAAACAGCUGUUAAACAUUGCAACAGGGAUAUUCUGGCAGGGUGUCUGUGUAGCAUUAGUUCUGAAUACGGUUGUGGUUUUGAUCACUAAAAUGGCUGUGACUUUUGGACUCUCUUUGAGUGUUUCUUGGCUUUGUUGCCUGCUAAUUGGAGGGAUAAAGUGUUUUCCACUUCAAGGUGGUGCUUAUGGGCAUCCUGCCUGCACUGGACCUGAACCAACUGGAUCCCAAGCAAGUGUGGUGUCUGGUCCAAAUGCUAAAGCUACUGGCUACAAUACCCUGGCAAGUGUGAUGCAGGGUCCAAAUGCCACAGCUGAAGCAACUGCUAAACAUACCUCUGCAGUAGCGGCUGCCGGCCCGCGCGCCUCUGCUGAAGCAACUGCCAGCCAUACCUCUGCAGAAGCGGCUGGCCCCCGCGCCUCAGCUGAAGCAACUGCCAGCCAUACCAAUGCAGUAGCGGCUGCCGGCCCCCGCGCCUCUGCUGAAGCAACUGCCAACCAUGCCUCGUCAGAAGCGGCUGGCCCCCGCGCCUCUGCUGAAGCAACUGCCAAACAAAGCUCUGCAGAAGCGGCCGCCGGCCCCGCGCCUCUGCUGAAGCAACUGCCAACCAUGCCUCGUCAGAAGCGGCCGGCCCCGCGCCUCAGCUGAAGCAACUGCCAGCCAUACAUCUGCAGUA